UCCGGCGCAGCCCUGUCGCGCCCACAGCGCCCCCUCUCGGCCCGGACGGCCCACCAUGCCCCGGCCAUGAAGGGCUACCAGGUGAGUCGCAGUUUGUCACAACACUCCUCUGGGCCUUGCUACUGCAUGCCUGAGGACUGCGACACUGCACGGGACUAUAUGCACCACCCCGACCACUACCAGGGGCACAAUGACCACCCCUACUACCCGCCUGGUGGGCCCCCUGAACCAUUGGCCAUGGUCCCAUCUGGUGGAGGCACUUUCCCUCGGUCACACCCCAGUCAGCCACAGCCCUAUGACUCCACCUGUGAAGAGUGUUUAUCCUCUGCAGGGCAUGGGCAUGGUCAUGGGGCAAAGAUGCACCGUAUCCCACCAAACCUUCUGGAUCAGUUCGAGAAACAGUUGCCCUUCCAUCCAGAUGGCUUCCACACCCUGCAGUACCAACGCACAGCCAGUGGGGAACAACGCAGUGAGAGUCCGAGUCGCAUAAGGCAUCUGGUGAACUCUGUCCAGCGUCUCUUCGCCAAGUCACAUUCACUGGAGGCACCCUCUAAACGAGAGUUUAAUGGCACCCGUGGGGGAGAGUACCGGGACAGAGAUAGAGGGCACCGCAGCGGUGGCGAGGAAAGCGGUGGACAUCAUUAUUCAGGAACGCACCAGUCUCGUUCAGCCCGUCGGAACAAAAGCCGAGAACGAAGCAAGAGUGGAGACUCCCACCACGAGUCUCGAAGCUCCCGCCACCGGAGCAAAACAGCUGGAUGGUGGAGUUCCGAUGACAACCUAGACAGUGACAGCAGCUUUCUGGUGGGUGCAGGUAGAGGGGGGCGUGGAUAUCCCACCGGACACGAGACCCUGGAUGCUGCCAUCCAGGAGCUUACCUUGAGGAAAUCUAAGGGGCCACCUCCAGGAGAGUGCCUGGCUUGCACCAACAUAGCCAAGGCAGGAGACAGCGGACACUCUCUGAAAAGGAGCACGUGGUCGGCCAUGACAGUCAGUCAGGCUAGAGAGGUCUAUCCAUCUUCCCGUGGAGAAGGAGGUGGAGGUGGAUAUGAGAAGGCAUUGGUUCCUCUAGAUCCCAAAAUGAAGGAACGAUCACUCCACUAUCUGCAGGUUCCCUCAGAUGACUGGUGCGGUGGUGGGCCAUCUGACAGUGGUGGGGAGAUCCCUUGCAGACGUAUGCGCAGUGGCAGCUACAUCAAGGCUAUGGGGGACGACGACAGCGCUGACUCAGACACCAGCCCCAAAGCCUCACCCAAAUCAGCCCUCAUUGCCCAGAGAGAAGCCUUCCGCCGCUCUGUCAGCAUGGACCAGCGCUCCUCCACCGCAUCUAAGUACUCAUGUAAACAAUGUACAGACAUCUACCCGAACAGUCGAACCACACCUAAAGGCCAUGCUCGCUCCCGUAGCGCCACACGCUCUCUGACCAGCGCUCAGUUGAGUGACACUCUGAACCUGUUUGGACAAAUGGAAUCACAGGCUGUCGAGGCACUGGACCUACCCGGAUGCUUCCGCACUCGCAGUCACAGCUACGUACGGGCUAUCCAAGCCGGCUGCUCCCAGGACGAUGACUGCCUGUCUGUCUUUUCCAUGUCGGGCCCACAGGGGUGCGUGAAGGGCGAAGCAGUGUUCCCAUACAGGAAAGGACCCCCUCCUCUUCCACCUCGCAUGUCCAAGCCAAUGAUCUCUGUGACUGCUCAGAGCAGCACUGAGUCCACUCAGGACGCUUACUUCCAGAGUACAGGACAGCCCGCACUGGUCCGGCCCAGACAGCACAGCAACUCAGUGGACCUGACGGAGAGCAGUGGGGGCCGAAGCUCCAGAGGUGGGCACUAUCUUGGCGGGGGCACUGCGCGUGUCAGACAGAGCAGCAACUCCGCGGAGAGUCUGAAUAUCAGGGCCCUUCAGAGCAUCGCCUACCCUAGUGGACCUGGUCCAAUGAAACCGAAACACAGCAGCUCAGCUGAUGACCUUCUGGAGGGGCCCAGGGGAUCUAGGGACCGAGCUGGAGGCAGCCUGGGAAAAUCAGCCUCUCUGCCCCAGAACAGUAUGUCCCUAGCUAAAGUUCUGACUGGAGGAGAGGAGUUCAAACAGGAAGGACGAGGGAGGAAGUGGAGACCCUCUAUUGCAGUGCAGGUGGACAGCUCAGAGACGUUGUCUGACUCAGACCCAGAAGGCAAAGCGCUGAGAGAGGUGCACUCCAUAGGGGUUCAGGUGGAGGAUGACAAGAGACGAGCCCGUUUUAAACGCUCCAACAGUGUGACAGCAAGUGUCCAGGCUGAUCUUGAGACGGAGGGUUUUGGUGGGCUGACAGUCCCCACACAAGACAAGGGCCUGCAGUUUGGCUGCUCAUUCCAGCGCCACUCGUCUGAACCAGAAUCAGCUGGUCAGUUUGCAGAGUAUCGCACAGUGCACACACAGGGCCAGUGGGCCUACCGUGAGGAUUACCAUAGUGGUUACACCAACGAGCCUGGCCCUCCAGAACUCAGGGCCCUGCACCGCUCCCACUCCCCUCUGCCCCUGGCCCCUGAGCGUGGAGUGGGAGGCUGGAGCGAGGGCCCGAGGAGCCUCCCUGAUUCGGGCCGAGCCUCACCCUGUUUACGAGAUGGAGAGUUCUUCCUCCGGCUCCUGCAGACAGAAGUGGAGAGGAUGGAGGGAUGGUGCCAGAACAUGGAAAGAGAGGCAGAGACGAAUGAACUGCCAGAAGAGAAAUGGAAGCUGGAUCCUUCAUCAUACCCUCAGCCCAGCACUCAGGAUCUGGCCAGUUAUUGGGACCUCCUCCAGCUAGCCAUCGAGGACAUCAGGGUGAAGUUUCAGGACCUCCAGCGGCUGAAGGACUCGGGCUGGAGAUUACCUCCUGAGAAGAAGGAGGACAAGAAGGUUCCACCUCCAUUACCAAAGAAGCCAGUCGGUGGCGUGACGGGCAGCCUGCGUGCCGACAGUGCGACCGAGGCCGGAGGCAUGCUAGUGGUCUCGCGAGGACGUAGCGUUCCCGAACGGGAGAAAUCGCUGGACGUGAGUGACCGGCAAAAGCUGGACACACGGCGCAGGCUGCUCCAGACCAAACGCUCAGCCUCUUUCCGUCAGAAUUCUGCCACGGAGAGCGCUGACAGCAUCGAGAUCUACAUCACAGAGGCUCAGACGAGACUCUGAGUCGCUCGGACCCCCUUAAACAACCACUACGGCUCUUCUCUGGCCCUCUGCACAGACGUCCAUGUUACAAAGCAGCCAGAGAGCGAGUGUAAUUACUCACUUUAGUGUGAUGGAGAACUUGAGAUGGCUUACUAGUAUGCUGCUGGUGUUUAGAUGUGAGCUUACACAUUUUAUUUUCAUUUUUUGUUGAGCAAGUGUUAUUAUUCUCAGAAAAAAGGGCUCAACCAGCACAACAAAGUGUUCCAAGAUUGAGACUUUUGUAAGUCCACAAAACAUAUAAAAAUGUUAGGACUGUUUUAAUGAACCACGCCAACACAUACGGGUGCAAUAUCAUAUAUUAAUAGGAUCUUAUCUUGUUAUUUUAAAUAAUAGACCUUGUUUUGAUAUAAUCUUGGCUGUGUAUGUGUUUCUUAAUUGAUCCCACAGUGUGACGGAUGUAGCCCCUUUCACUGUGACACAAGUGCACUCUUGUGGCCAGAGUAGAGCAAUGCACCCUGAUGUAAA